AUGAAGUUGGAUCCGUUUUUCACCUUCCUUCUGGGAAUCGUCGUCACCUGGUCCGUGUACCAUUUCUUCUACAUCAAGGACCGCGUUGCAGACCGACAGAAAACUUUCGCCGCCUAUCCGAGAACCUAUGACGUCGUCUCGGCCUCGGCCCUCAUCGCAGGAGCCUGUCUCGUCAUUCAAAGCGUUGGCCGCCGCCUUCUGCAAUCGCUGGCAGAGAAGAUGCUGCCUCGCGAUCGCUGGGCCCACCAGGUAUUUGCUCUGAAGCAGCGGCGCUUCUCGGAAAUGGCGUUCAAGUCCAUUUACUUCCUCUCUCUCACAUUCGCUGCGUUCUUCUACCUCCACAGCGAGUCGUGGUGGCCGAAGCUCCUCGGCGGCAGGGGCGACGAAAGCGAACUUUUCAAAGAUUACCCCAACCAAGAGUCGCACCCGUUCACGCAUAUUUACUUUUACAUUUCCGCGGGGUACCACGUCGCAUGUUUCAUCUCUUUGCUUCUCUCGCCGAAACUGCCGGACUUCUACGAAACGCUGUUGCCGUGCGUCUGCGCGAUGCUGCUCAUCUUCUUCUCCUACCAAGGCAACUUCUUGAGGGUCGGAUCCAUCAUUCUCUUCUGCCAUGACUUCUGCGACAUCUUUUCUUGUGGGUGCAAGGUUUUUGUUGACACCCGCCACAAGGUCGUCACAUUUUUCUUGUUCGCCUGUCUCGUCGUCUCCUGGGGGUACCUCCGUCUCUUUGCGUUCCCCGUCGCUGCGCUCUUCCCCAUUUUCAAAAACGUGAAGAGCAUGAAGGCCACUGCGGACGGCGAGGACUGGGGCUUCUUCGUCUGUCUCCUUCUUACCCUUUUCGUCAUGAACAUCUACUGGUUUGGCCUGAUGCUGAAGAUGUGCAUGCACUUUUGCACCAGCGGGCAAAUGUCGGACUUGCACUCCCCUACAGUGUCGGAGGAGGAGCCGAGCGUCGUGGAGAGAAGAAGAAGUCCGCGCAUGGCGCAGGCGAGUACCUCGAAGUCCGAUAGCAAGAAGCGCCACUAA